CCUAAAUAUCCUAUAAAUAAAACCUAAUCCCUUGACGAUUCUUUUGCAAUUUCCUCAAUCAUUCAUUCUCUGCAAAUCUCUUAACAGAGACUAAUAUUAAUACGCUAUGGCAUCAUCAGAGACUGCAACGAAGGUCUUGAAGUUGAAAACCAGUGACAAUGAAGUUUUUGAGGUGGAAGAAAAGGCUGCCUUACAAUCUGGGAUCAUCAAGAGCAUGGUUGAAGAUGGCUAUAGUACUGAUGAUGCGAUUCCACUCUUCAAUGUAGAAAAGAAAACCCUAGCCAAGAUUGUAGAGUGGUUGAAGAAGCAUGCGAGCGAUGCAUCAAAGGAUGAGCUUGAGAAGUGGGAUGCUGAUUUUGUUGAUGUUGACACAGAUUCUCUCUAUGAUCUUCUGCUGGCUUCAAACUAUCUCAGCGUUGAAGUUUUGCUUGGCCAACUUCUACAGAAAGUUGCAGACAUGAUCAAAGGGAAGCAACCUGAGGAAAUUCGCAAACUCUUCAAUAUCAAGAAUGAUUUUACCCCAGAGGAAGAGGAAGAAAUUCGCAAGGAUAAUGCAUGGGCAUUCAAGUUAUGAUUAAUUGCUUUUAGAAUAUUGGUUUGAGAAUUUAAGAUUUUUACUUUUUAUUCUUGUUUUAUGGUUUCAUCAGUAAAUAUUGUCUGGAUCGGUUAAGAUUUUAAUUUCAUUAUCACCUUUUUCUAGCCUAAA